AUUUUUUCAAAGUGUGGAGGGAAAUAAAGUCAAUCCCUUUCAUCCGAAUUCUCACCGUAAAAAUAACCCACCGGCACUCUCUCUUUCUCUCAUCGCCACGACGCCACCCCACUCCCAACUCCCUACCCCGACACUCGCAUUCAUUCUUUGCUUCUCCUGUUCUUUUACGUCACGAGAUCCCCAUCUCCUUUCUCUUCCGCUCACUCGUCUUUGUCUGUCUCUUCCUUCAGUAGAGCAUCUGCUCUUGAAUUGUAGCCGAGCACGUAGUUGUACACACACACACACACUGAGCUGCGUAAAAAUAUACACAAACACACAUAUAUUCGGUUUCGUAGGGGGUUUGGGUUGAAUAAUGUCUCAUUCCAGAAGGGCAUCCAUGUCGGAUGCUGGGAUCGACUCCUUGAGUGAUCGGUUGAGGAAAACGCUCCAUUACAGAGAUGGGAACAAUGGGUCGGAGAUUGAUAAGCCAGAUUUCAAGGAACUCGAUCUAGGUUCUCCCGUCUCUCCCUUGCAGGCUCGGGCGAGUACUAGCUCCAGUUCUUCCGGAUCUGGGUCGGGUCUGAACGCCGUCCCAAAGAGGUCAGACGGGAGCCUCUCCGGCGAGCUAUCAGGUUCAGUAGAGAGUUCACGCGGGUUCUCUCUGGGCCACUCGCGAUCAAAUUCAGGUUCCUGUGGGAGCUGCGUCAACUCUCCACCCUUGAAUGCGCUUCCCACCGGGAACAUCUGCCGGUCGGGAAAGGUUCUGAAGACUGGGAUGGCGAGCAGGACAACCAAGACCGACGUUUUGGGGUCUGGGACUGGGAAUUAUGGGCACGGGAGCAUAAUACGCGGCUGCAGCGUAGGGAGUCACAAAUCCGCUGGACCCAGCAGAGAUGGAGGUUCUUGCAUUGCUGUCAAUUCAAGAGUACCAAUAUUGUGUAACGAUCCAGAGGAGUUUAAGAGAAUGGGGAAUGAGAAUUAUAAAAAGGGUAAUUUUGCAGAAGCUUUGGAUCUGUACGACAAGGCCAUUUCUAUUUUACCCCUCAAUGCCUCCUACAGGUGUAAUCGGUCAGCAGCUUUGAUUGGUCUGAAGAGGUUCACAGAGGCAGUUAGGGAAUGUGAGGAAGCUAUUAGGUUGGAUCCAAGAUAUGUUAGAGCCCACCACCGGUUAGGCUCUUUGUUUCUUAGUUUAGGGCAGGUAGAAAAUGCCAGGAGGCACAUUUGUAUGCCCGGGCACCAACAGGCAGAUUGCACGGAACUGAGGAAGUUGGAGGCUGUGGAGAAGCAUAUAGAGAAAUGUAAUGAUGCACGGGUAACUGCUGACUGGAUGACUCUGUUAAGGGAAGCUGAUGCUGCUAUUGUGUCUGGAGCAGCUUCAUCUCCUCAGCUGUUUGCGUGUAAAGCAGAAGCUUUUGUGAAGCUCCAGCAGUUGGAGAAUGCAGACUUGAGUAUAUCAAAAGUUCCUAAAGUGGAGCCCAAUGCUUCUUUUUCCCGGUCAAAGAUUUUUGGAAUGAUUUCGGAAGCGUAUAUUUUCUUUGUAUGGUCCCAAAUUGAGUUGGCUCAUGGAAGGUUUGAAUGUGCAGUGGCUGCCAUUGAGAAGGGUGCACAGAUUGACAGUCAAAACGUUGAAAUUUCUGUUUCACUCAACAAUGUCCGAUUAGUCACCCAAGCCCGUAACCGCGGCAAUGAUCUGUUUAAAUCGGAAAGGCUUACUGAAGCUUGUGGUGCUUACGGGGAAGGCCUAAGGUUUGAUCCUUCAAAUUCUGUUCUCUAUUGCAAUAGAGCAGCUUGUUGGUAUAAGCUGGGGCAGUGGGAAAAGUCUGUGGAUGAUUGCACCCAAGCUCUCUCAAUCCAUCCCAAUUAUACAAAAGCCCUUCUUCGAAGAGCAACCUCAAACAUGAAGCUUGAACGGUGGUCUGAAGCUGUAAGAGACUAUGAAGCUUUGAGGAGCCAAUUUCCACAUGACAAUGAAGUUGCUGAGUCUUUGAUGCAUGCCCAAGUUGCUCUGAAGAAAUCCAAUGGGGAGGAGGUCUAUAAUAGGAAAUUCGGUGAAAUAGUCUCUGAUCUUGACCAAUUCCAAGCAGCAAUUUCCGUUCCUGGGCUAGUGGUGGUGCAUUUCAAAAUGGUAUCCAGUAUACAAUGCAUCCACAUUUCCCCAUUCUUGGACACGUUAUGCACCAGAUAUCCAUCAAUAAGUUUUCUCAAGGUGGACAUGGAAGAGAGUCCCGAAAUUGCUAGAGCGGAGAACGUUGUGACUGUACCAACAUUCAAAGUGUACAGGAAGGGCAGCCGGUUGAAGGAAUUGAUCUGCCCGAGCCCAGAGGUGUUGGAGUCCUUAGUGAGACAUUAUUACGUAGAAAGCUCAAUCUCCUCCCCAGUCAUACACCAUUUCAAGAAUUAAUUAGCCCACACAAGACAUAGCCAGGCUGACCGACCUUCCCGCGAGAGUCUCAUUUCUUUUUCCUGUUCGUUUUGUUCCUUUAUUGAUUGCUUCAAUAUCAUAUUGCCUUCUAGUUGUAAAAUUUUCUCAUCUCAUUAUCUCAUUUCACGUCAUUUGGUUUCUUGAAAUUCUUCUUCCUCUUCACCCCACUUGGUAGCUAGACUUAGAGGACAGAGAGAAGAAAUGGGUUAGCUAGCUAGUUGGCUACUUGGCUGGCAUUAGAUGAGGAUAACAAACUUGUAUUCAUAUGUGAUUUAUAAUAUAUAUACCCACAAAUCAUUGGAGGGUACUUUCUAUAUUAGUAGAAAGAUGGAUAUUGAAUGAUACUUUGCUGUAGUUCAAUCAUUCCAUCAAUAAAAUGAAAUUCCAUUGUUUGUUUCGUCCG